GAACAAGGAACAAAGGAGUGACCAGACAUUAAAUACCCUCUGGUAAACUAACCUUCAAGAAAAAUAAGGGAGUAACUCUUAUUGUGCUCAGAGUCUCAUUGGCACAAGAAUACAUAAACAAUAACCCAAAGAAUUUUAUGAACAGUGAAAAAAAUAUGUAAUUGUAAUCAUCUAAUCCAAUAUAGUGCACUAACAUAAACAAUCACCGCAAUGCAACAGUCGCACCCUCUAAGACCCCAUUUAAGCAUCCCCCAUCUCUCAGGAUUUGAAGGCCAAGACCAUAAUUUCAUCAGUAAAUUUCUCAGUAAAGCGCUACAACAAAAUCCAUUUAUACAACUUAAUUUGGAUUUGUAGCAAAGGCUAUAAUACUGAAGCAUAAUAUAUAAUACAUUUUAUUGCACUGCACAUUGACCUUAUGUUACCUCUUCUUAAUUAUAUUGUUAACAAUCAGUAACUCUAACCACCCUAACUCUGUAAUUGCGGAGAUCUUUGGUAUAUCUAUUUAUUAUGCUUGUUAAAAAUUGACAGUUAUAAGUAACCUUCUAUGAAGUAAAAAAUAUAGCAGAUUAUUUGCCACUCACAGAGAUCUUGCAAUGGAGUGCUCUACAGAGAUGAAUUUUCAGGUUCCUGACAUGAUUUGUCUACGCAGACUUUCCACUUUAGCCCCAAUAACAGUGCGUGGGUUAAUAAGGUGCAACAAGAUUGCCCUAAGAAAUACAUCUGGAAUGUCCUCGGGGUAUAACCAGGCCAAUAUUGUGAUUUUACACAAAGCCUUAGCAGAUGAUUUUGAGAAAUUCUGUAAAGCUAAUAGCGGUCCUCUGCCUUUGCUGUAUCGGAGUGCACCAGGGGAAUGGAAGUGCCCUCCUCUGAGCAAAGAUUCAGAUAUAAGAACAGACUGUCUCCAGUAUAGAAAAUACGAAAAUGGUGUGUUCUCUGGAAAUCUCAACAGCUUGGAGGGUUACACUGAGCAAAUGAGGGACAUGGUGACAUUUUAUUUAGGCUGUAGCUUCUCAUUUGAGAAUGCAGUGCAGCAGCAUGGAAUUCCUGUGAGAAAUGUGGAACAGCAGUGUAACGUGAGCAUGUACAGGACUGCAGUACCGUGCUUUGGAAUGGGCAGCUUCUCUUGUAAUCUGGUGGUCACUAUGAGGCCAGUUCCUCAGGAUAAACUGAAUACAGUAGUUAAAAUAACUCAUCCCAUGAAAGAGUGCCAUGGAGCUCCAGUCCAUAUUGGCUGUCCAGGCUUUCUGGGAAUAAAAGAUCUUCAGAAAACAGACUAUGGAGACCCAGUGCAACUUCAUCCUGGAGAUAUUCCUGUAUUUUGGGCAUGCGGAGUAACCGGAGCUGAGGCAGUGAGUAGCUGCAAAUCCUCUUUGGCUUUUACUCACUCUCCUGGCUGCAUGUUUAUUUCGGAUAUCAAAAUUGAGAAGACUGCUUCCACUCAAGUAUCUGAAACCCCAAAAGUUCUUCCGAUCUCAUCCAAUCCUCCACAUUAUAGCCUUGUCUCACAACAGACAGCAGAACAAAUUGGUGAACUAGAGAAUGCAAUUGCAGUCGAUCCUGGCAGCAGAGGAAUAAAGCAUCUGCUUACUAAGGAUGAGCUGCUGAAGUCCAGUCUUUCUUUGUCUCAUGCCAAAUCCAUCCUUAUAACCACAGGGUUCCCCACCCACUUCCAGCACCAGCCCCCAGAGGAGACAGAUGGCCACCCAGGAGCCAUUGCCAUAGUGGCUAUGUUGCAAGCCCUGGGCAAACAGGUUGCUAUAGUAACUGAUGAACGAGCUAUAGAGCUAAACAAAGCUAUCUUCGGUGGUGCUAUUGAUCAAGGAAUACUCAAGCAUAAUGUCCCUCUGCUUCAUUACAAAGAAGGCAAUGCAGAUUCAGCACUGAACUUCCUGUGUGAAAAUGGAGAUCCAGCAAAGCCCAGGUUUGAUCACCUGGUAGCAAUUGAACGCUCUGGGAGGGCAAGUGACGGAAACUAUUAUAAUGCACGAAAAAUAAAUAUCAAACAUUUGGUGGAUCCCAUUGAUAACCUCUUCUUGGCUGCACAGAACAUUGAAGGAAUUACUACAACAGGAAUUGGUGAUGGUGGAAAUGAACUUGGAAUGGGAAAAGUCAAAGAGGCUGUUAAAAAGCACAUAACUAAUGGUGAUACCAUUGCUUGUGACAUAGCAGCAGACUUCGCUAUUGUAGCUGGAGUUUCUAACUGGGGGGGCUAUGCAGUAGCAUGUGCCUUGUACCUGUUAAACAACUGUGAAAUUCAUGAGCGGUAUCUGAGAAAAGGAGUUGGAUUUCCCAGAUUCACAGAGGAAAACUAUUUGGCAUCUUCUCUACCUGCUGUUAAAAAAGAAGAAAAUCUCCUAAGUUUAUUGGUUGCACAGGGUGUCCGUAGUGGGAAGACCGGUAAUCUUGCUAUGGAAGUUGAUGGGCUCCCCUUUUAUAACACUCAUUCAGAAAUGAUUCAGAGACUCUUGGCUAUUACCAUGUGAUCUUAAUUCAGGCAUGACUGGUUUCAAAACAAAGUUGUUGCUGGAUUUGUCAAAACCCAAACUUUUAUGGCACUUUUUAACCUGAGUUAAUUUUUAUAGCACUUAAAUAUUUUACACACACGGCACCACUGCCAAACAUUACAUUUUAUUUAAAUAAAUUUUGAAGUCCCAGAUCAGCUCUGUAAUGAAGCCAUUGUCAGGUCCUACACUAUGCAUGAACAUAUUGUAUAGAAUUUCUAAGCUACACUUUGCACAAUGGAAGAACACCUUCAUAUAAAUUUGUACAAACCAUCGUCCUAUAAUAAAGAACUGUAUUAUCAGUUAUUCAUGAUUGGAAUACAGACAGGAACUGUUAGACCUUUCUGAAUAAUGGGUUUUCAAAUGAGAGAUCUCAUCAUAAUAAAGCAAAAUAUUUGUUCAAUUA